AUUUAGCUAGGUUAUGUUUUGUAUAUUUUGAAUUUAAAAGCUGUAGAUGACAUUGCAAUAAAUCAAAAUGUGCGAAAUGUUCAAUUUCAAAGAGCCUAAGAACUUAAAAGACUAUACUCUGAUAUUUCCUUGCGUAUCAGUUGGAAACGUACCCCAGCUAACUGUCGAUCUACUUAUUAAAACAUACAAUUUCAAAAAAACUGCAACUAUCUGGCAUCCUGCACUAAUUGCUUCAGUUGGAAGUGACCCGUACACCGCUUUAAAUGGAGAAGUUUGUACUGCCUGUGAACUUUACACCAACGAAAACUUAAAUUUAGCGGUAGUACAACUUCGCUCAUCAGUAGAGUUCAAACUCGCAAUGAAAUUCAUAAGGGAUCUAAAUGAAGCUAUACAGCAAUUCAAUCUGAAGAAUAUCUACAUACUUUCAAGUGGGUUUGACUAUGAACUACGCAACAUUCAGAGUGAAAAGUUCUUCUGUCUGAGCAACGAGCACACAACUGAAGUCAUGGCAAGGAAUAAUGUUAAGCAACUAGAACAAAAUUUUUUUAGGGGGAAAACAUUAUAUAAAACUAAAGUCAUGACAGACAAUAUAGCCCAACAAGCAGAAGAAAUGGAAGCACUGAAAUCUAUAUUUGAAGAUAGGUGGCAAGUUGAUAGUACAACUGGUUUAUGCAGUAUUGACAUAACGAAACAAGUAAAACUGUACAUAACAUUAGUGCCUGAAUAUCCUUCAAAUUCGCUUCCCAACUAUGAAUUAUUGGCUCCUGAAUUAAUUGCAGAUGAAAGACAGCAUAUUGAAGAUGAGUUUCAAAAUUUAUUUGAAUCCCAUGGUGGAGAGCCACUCAUAUACCAGAUGAUAAUGAUAGUAGAAGAGGCAGUUAGGAAUAAAGAAGAUGCAAAACAUAACUCAAAAAAUAAAUCUGAAGGCAUUGAACCUGUUGAAAAGAAAUCUGAAGUUUUCUCACUAUCUGUAAAUCAUUUGAUGAUAACACAUGGACCAAUAAUUACAGAUAGAAAAAGUGUUUUUCAAGGGCAUACAUGUGUUGUUAAAAGUAAAGAAGAUGUUAGGUUAUUUAUGAAUACACUAUUAGAGAACAAAAAAAUUGCAAAUGCUACACAUAAUAUUACUGCCUUCAGGAUAUCUAUACCAAAUGGGAUGAUACAGGAUUGCAAUGAUGAUGGUGAGACGAAAGCCUCAGGCAGACUACUGGAGAUGCUACAAAAUAUGAAACUUGAAAAUGUUAUGGUUGUAGUCAGUAGAUGGUAUGGAGGUAUACAUCUAGGACCCGACAGAUUUAGACACAUAAACAAUGCUGCAAGACAAGUACUUGUAGAAGCUGGGUUUGUUAAACCCUAGCUUAAUUUCGUAAUAUGUUGAUUUAUUUAUACUCAUAUAUGAAAUUGUUGAAUAUAUAUUUUGGAAUUAUGUUUUUUUUUUCCAUAAAGUAGCUACAUUACCAAG